UCAGCUGAGUUUUGAUGUAAAUUUUUGAUCUAUUGUAGGUUCAAUGAAACUAAUUUUUAUUCAUAAUAACGUAAAUUUGCUGUAAAUGAUGAGUUAAUGGAGUUGCAGCAACAUGAAGCGCUUCAAAUUCGGAAUAAUCAUUGAAAUUUUUGUAAAUCUAACGUAUCUUGUUCAAGUCCAAUGUUCUGUGUAUAAAAACCUGCACUACUUUGAAACUAUCCACGCAGAUGAAUUGAACCACAAAAUCGUUAAAAGGGGGUUGAAAGAAAGUUCACACCCUUACAACCACAUAAAGGAAGUAAAUUUUAGGACGCAUGGGAAAUAUUUCAGAUUAAUUAUUUCGCCGAAUAAAGACAUUUUUCAUUCCAAAUUUAAAGCUUAUUCUGUAGAUGGCGACGGCAGAGAAUCCACCGUACAUAUAAAUCACGAUGAUUUCUACGAUGGGAGAGUGUUUGGAGAGACCAAUUCUCAUGUUAAUUUACAUAUGGAAGACGGUGUCAUAACGGGAAGUAUACAUCUACCCGACGAAGUCUACCAUGUUGAGCCUUCGUGGAGACAUUUAUCUCAUUUAGAUAACAGGACGAUGAUAACAUACAAACAGUCGGAUGUAAAAUUCAGCUGGGAAAAUUCGGAUUUGGCUUCCAAAGGUAUCGGAACACGGAUUUGUGAUUACGUUAAGGAAGGGGAGGAACUAGAAACCGACGAGGAUUUAGAAGGGGAAACUAAUAGAUGGACUUUGAGAGAGAAUCACAGAGAAAAACGGCAAAUCGACCAGUACGAAUAUACUCCUACUAAAACGAGGUGCCCGUUGUUACUCGUUGCGGACUACAGAUUCUUUCAAGAAAUGGGUGGAAGCAACACCAAAACCACCAUAAAUUACUUGAUCAGUUUGAUAGACAGAGUUCAUAAAAUCUAUAACGAUACUAUCUGGCAAGACAGACAAGAAGUGGACGGGUUUAAAGGUAUGGGUUUCGUUAUAAAAAAAAUCGUAGUUCACAGCGAUCCGACACGUAUCAAGUCUGGCGAAGCCCAUUACAAUAUGAUCAGGGAAAAGUGGGACGUAAGGAAUCUGUUGGAGGCGUUCUCGAGAGCACCCCAGCAUGGCAAUUUCUGUUUGUCGCAUUUAUUCACCCACCAGACCUUUAGAACUAGAAAUUCUGUAGUGUUAGGUUUGGCUUACAUCGCCUCCCCCAGAAUGAACUCCCACGGAGGCAUCUGCAGCAACGAGUACUUCAAGAACGGCUACACUCUAUACCUCAAUUCCGGACUGAGCUCAAGCCGCAACCAUUACGGUCAACGAGUGAUAACCCGCGAGGCUGAUCUAGUCACCGCCCAUGAGUUUGGCCACAACUGGGGUUCGGAGCACGACCCCGACAUCCCGGAAUGCUCCCCCAGCGCCAGUCAGGGUGGGUCGUACUUAAUGUACACAUACAGCGUCAGCGGGUACGAUGUCAACAAUAAGAGGUUUUCUCCGUGUAGCCUCAGGUCUAUCAGGAAAGUGUUACAAGCGAAAUCGGGUCGUUGCUUCUCAGAACCCGAAGAGAGCUUUUGCGGGAACUUACGCGUCGAAGGUGACGAGGAAUGCGACGCUGGCCUACUGGGAACCGAGGACAACGACGCUUGCUGCGACAAGGAUUGUAAACUGCGCAACAAGGCAAUGUGCAGCGACAAGAACUCGCCCUGUUGCCAGAACUGCCAGUACAUGCGGAGCGGGGUGAAAUGCAGGGACGCCCAGUACGCUACCUGCGAACAGGAGUCGCGGUGCACAGGCCACCAGGCCGACUGUCCCAAGAGCCCCCCCAUGGCGGACGAUACGGAUUGCCAGGAGAGGGGGAAGUGCAGGAACGGGAAGUGCAUGCCUUUCUGUGAGACUCAGGGCAUGCAGAGCUGUAUGUGCGACAUAAUCGAAAAUGCCUGCAAAAGAUGCUGCAGGUCUAACAUCAACGAAACUUGCUCCCCGGUGGACUCUGCAGAUAUUCUGGCUGAUGGGACACCCUGUAUACAAGGCUUUUGCAACAAUGGCCACUGCGAGAAGACCAUCCAGGACGUGGUGGAGCGCUUCUGGGACAUCAUCGAAGACAUCAACAUCAACAAAGUCCUGCUCUUCCUCCGGGACAACAUCGUGGGCACCGUCGUGCUCGUCACAGCGUUGCUGUGGAUCCCCGCCAGCUGCGCCAUCAGCUACGUGGAUAGGAAGCGCAGGCGGGAGGAGAUGGAGCGUUGGGAGUGGAGGAACAAGACGGAUCUGAUACACCCGUCCGACAAUAUAAGGCGCGUCAUCCACCUCAGGGUGCCCAACAGGCAAAAGAACGCGUCGCAAGUGUCUAGUCGUAACGCCAUUCCGGAAUAGCGUCGUUUUUUAUUUAGUCUUGUUUUGUUUUUCAUGAGUAUUUUAUGUAUUGUUGGUCGUCUGCAGAGGUUUUUAUUUCCAGUGGGUGUUUGUGAGGUCUAGAUAUCCAUGAAAUUUGUCUGUUUUGUUUUUUUUUUUACAGUUGUGGGUAUCGAGUGAAAGUUUCGUCACUUUAGGGAAGUUCCUCGUCUUAAUCAGCGAGAUAGAGAGAAAGUAGUUCAAAUGUCCCAGGCCCAAUCUGCAUCUAGACUUGUAAAAUAUUGUAGGUCAUUUUGUGAAAUUACUUUUAUUUUUGAAAAUUUUUAUUUUGGUGGAGAAAUAUUUUAUAUUCUUGGUUUAUAAAUGGAAAAGUUGAUAACUGAGGAAGGCCCUAUGACUCGUAAACCUCAAGAUGUUAAGGUGUGGUUUGCAGCUGCCACUUUUCCUCGAAAAUCCAGUCUGGUACAUUUGAACUACUUUCUGUUUUAUUUUGCAGAAGGUGAGAAAAACGUCCCAAAAGUGUCGAAAUUGGUAUCCUGUACAAAAUUUCAUGAAAAUCAGCAUUAAAUAUCGAGGAUCUUACAAAUAACACAUUUUCAAACGUGAUAUUUUAAUGUACUUACUUAUUUGAAGUAUUUUAAGUCUAUAUAAAUUUCCAAACAAUUCAAAUGGGGAACAUUAUCAAGAAAAAGUAUUUCUUAUUGUGAUUUUAUAAUUCUAAGAUUUUUUUUAUUAUUAAAGAUCAAUGAAAGUAA